AUGUGGCGUGACCUGCAACCCCAGUGGACUUCCAAGAUUGGGCGUGUGGUCCAGCUCGGCGACGCCGCCCAUCCCUUCUUGCCCACCUCUUUCAGUGGCGGCACGAUGGCAAUGGAGGAUGCCUACUCGCUCGCAGCGUGUCUCUACAUUGCUGGGAAGAAAGAUGUUCCUCUUGCUAUAAAGGUGCACAACAAGCUUCGGUUCGAGCGCGUUUCAUGCGCGCAGAAACUUGGCUACAAGAACCGCGAAAAAACCCAAAAAGAGGACUUGAAGCCCAUUAAGAAGAUGGUUGGCGAUUGGCUGACGUAUUAUAACCCCAAAGAGUACACAUACAAGAAUUAUGAAAAGUGCGCUGAGCAUCUGCGUACAGGCGCACCUUUCGAAAACACAAACCUGCCUCCUGGCUACAAGUACAAGCCUUGGACUGUUAGAGAGCUUCUGGACGCUUCGGAACGUGGAGAGGAGCUGCACGAUGAGGGAGACUGGUCAUAA